GGAUUCUUUGCAGCGUAACCCCAUGCCAUCCAGAGGGGUCGACACCUGUGCGCAAGCAGCCUGUGAGAACAGAGGCCUUGCAGCAGGAGCUGUGGGGCAUGUUUUAUUUUGGGCAGGAAGCUGUCUCCCCCCCCCCCCUCCCAGGAAGGGAAGAGUCCAGGCAAGGAUGCACCGACAGGGUUUUAAAAACGCGGAGCUGGGAGCAGCAAGCUGCAGCCUUUAACCAUCCAGCAGCAUUCGCCAGGGGAUUAAAAUGCUGAUUACUGUGACACCACCCCAUGAGCCAGCCUCCCUUCAUCCACAGGCACCACCCCCUCCCAUUCUACCAAAGCCUGGAAAAGACAAUCUUAAGCUUCAGAGACUCUUGAAAAAAGCAGCAAAGAAGAAAGCAACCUUAUCAGCACAGCAAGCCACAUCAUUCCGAUCCAGUCUGUCCCCUGUGAGUGAAGCCAGCCCCGACUUAGAGCACAAUGAACGCUCCUCUCCCCUAAAGCCUACAGAAACUACAACACAUCUUGCCAUCAACCUCCCGCCCCGCUUUUCCAUCAAACCUGUUAUCCACCAUGUUUCUUCUCCUUUUCCCAAAGGAAAGCCCUUUGCAUUCAGUGUUACAGAGCAGAGAAGCCUUUCAGAGCAUCUCAAAAUCACUUCCUCCCCUUCCCCAUCAUCGCUCCAGAGACCAAGCAUUGCUGAACCCUCAUGGCCACUCAGAGGGCAGCCACAGUCAGACGUGCACACGCAGUUGUACCCGUUAAGUGCUCUGCAGUCUGUGCUUGUUUCUCCUGAACCUCCUGUGGAGACCUCAGUGGUAGUUUCUCACAUUGCUGAAACCCAUACUGCCAUUCAUAGUAUGCAACCGCCAAGCCCCCUGUCACAACUGACACCUAAAUAUCCUAGUAGUGAAGACAGACCCCCGGCUGUUCAUCUGCAGGUACACCAAAAAUAUCCACCACCAGACCAGAUACCAACUGCACACUUCUCAAGCCAGGCAAGACCAAUUGCUCCUACGUUUGAAACUGCUUCUGCCCUUGAACCUCCUACUAGAACAGUUGCAAUCCUGCAUGUUCCUGGACAGCAAGUUGUAGUUGGAUCCCCAGCUCCUAGUAGGCUUGUGAUGCCUGGAAGUGACAGAGGCCCUGAACCACACAUUGAGACCCAGAAAUAUGCAGGUCCUACUGGACCUCAAAAACACAUGAUAGAGACAGCCAUGCCAGCUCCAUCAACAAUCAGUACUCAUGUUCCUUUGCCAGAAGCUAGGUGUGAACAGAGUCUACCACCACCCGUUACUCCCCAAGAUACCUUACCAAAGCCUAAGCCAGCUGUGCCACCCAAAAGUAAGCUUAGUGGCUGGUCUCGUCUUAAGAAGCACUUGAUAAUAGAAUCUGAAGAGCCCCAGUUUCCAGUUCCAGAACCCAAGUCAACCAAGCCUGAAGAGGAGGGAAUAAAGGUAGUGCAAGGCUCCCAAGCUGAAACUGGUCAGGACAAGAGGAUAAGCAAGUCACGAGCCAUCAAGAUGUGGGAUGCCAUCUUAUACCAAAUGACAACCAGCAAAGCAAAAAAACAGCAAGGAGGUGAAAAGGAAAUCAGGAGACAGGGAACAUUCCCAUUUCGGCGUCGCUUACCCCUUCUACUUCAUAGGCCUCGCUUUGAUGCACGGAAGCUUAAAGAACUGGCAUCCAAACCCAUGACAAAGAUUACUACUCUGUUUGAGGUACGCCGAAUCCCGUGCAAAGCACCUGAGGAAUUGCCAUUGCAUUAGCAGGACGGCAUCUGAAAGAAAGUGAUGAACCCUUCCUCCUAUAUGGUUUCUUUUCAGAAGAUCUAAGAUAGCUACAAGAUUUACUACAACAGAAUCAUUUUCAAGGAAAAAAUAAAACCCUUCAAGGGAUCUUUUUGUGUACCUAGAAA